GAUCCAGGACCUAAUCCAGUGAUUAUUAAUUCGCAUGUCGCCGACAAGCGGCAGUGUACUAUUGUUCAGGUGCCGGCCGCCACUGCCCGGUGGCUACUUUCUCAGGAUGAUUCCGUCAUCCAGCCCCUCUCUAAACCCUAACCCUAAUCCCAAUUUUCUGCUCCGAUUGAACCCCUCGAGCUGUAUUCCGGCCUCGAUUUCUCCUCCCCACCGUCGUCGCCCCAACAGUUACUGCUGUAGUUACAGGUCUCAAUCACAAGCCAUGACGGUCUCAAACUGCAGCACCGGUUCCGCCUCUUCUGGCCCGGUUCCCAUUUCCACCGCAUCCGACUACCAGCCAAGCCCACAUUCCACUCUCAUGGUCGUGUCUUUCUAUCGCUUUGCGGAUUUCCCUGACCACGCCAAUUUGCGGAAGCCAUUGAAGGAGCUCUGUGAGGAACUGCGGGUUUCGGGUGGUGUCAUUCUUGCACCGGAAGGAAUCAAUGGGAGCAUAUGUGGGACUAGGGAUUCCGUUGGGAAAGUUGUUGCAUUUAUCGAGAGUGAUUCCCGGCUAAAGGGACUGAGGAAGAUAGAGUCACCUGUUAGUCCAGAGGAGGAGGCUAUCCAUCACGGUCACAGCAGCAGCUCUCCUCUUUCUGCAGGGGAAGAUACACCUUUUCGAUGGGAUCAUGUCAGGGUGAAGCUGAAGAAAGAGGUAAUUGCAACUCUGAACUCGAAACAAAGUCGUUCAAUAGCUAUGCUGAAUCCUGAUUUUGCAAACUUAACCCGGGCAUGAUCGACUUGUGCCUAGACAGAUUGUUUCUCUUGGAAUGCCAGCUGUGUCACCCAUUGAAAGGGUUGGGAAGUACGUGAAGCCAAGGGAAUGGAAUGCAUUGAUUAGCGAUCCAGAUACAGUAGUGAUUGAUGUGAGAAACAACUAUGAAACAAGAAUAGGGAAAUUCAAAGGAGCUGUUGAUCCCUGUACCACAGCAUUUCGGAACUUCCCUUCUUGGGUGGAUGAUCAGUUUGAACUUCCCAAAGCAGAAAGCUUGAAGCAGCAAUCAGGUGGCAGUCCUGAGUUGAAAACCGAGUGGCCCGAAAGGAAAAAGCCUCCACGGGUUGCUAUGUACUGUACAGGUGGCAUUCGGUGUGAGAAAGCUUCAAGCUUUCUCCUCCAGAAAGGCUUUGAAGAGGUUUAUCAUCUGGAAGGAGGAAUCUUGAAGUACCUCGAGGAGGUUCCAGAACCAGAGAGCCUGUGGGAGGGCGAAUGUUUUAUCUUUGACAAGCGAGUAUCUGUUGAGCACGGUUUGGCACAGGGAACUUUUAAGCUCUGUUAUGGAUGUAAGCAACCAGUGAGUGAUGCAGACAUGGAAACACCAGAGUGGGAACGUGGAGUUACUUGUCCUCACUGCUACUCAUCGAAAUCUGAAGAAGAGAAAGAGAGGGCUCGAGCACGACAAAGGCAGUUUGACGCCUGGGGCAUCAUUGGCGGUCCUGACAAGGGACGACGACCCACAUCAAAGGAAGAUGCGAGAGCUAAGAACUCCAACAAGCUUUCCUCUUCAUUGUAAGGCAUUAAAGCUGUAUUUGGUUACAGAAUAACAUGAUUGCCCUGAUUUUGUGAUUUUAUAGGUUCGGAUUAUAGGGUUUCUGGUGACGGCUUUAGCAAAGAUGCCAUUGGUCUUGUAGUCACAAGAGAAGGUCCUUUUUUGGGAAGCGACCUUAGUCAGCGGAUCCUUGUAUAAGUGUAUUCAGUGUUCUUGAAGUGAUUGUUGUUGUUCAUCUACCUAGGUUAGAGGGAGAGGGUGACUUAAAACAAUCAAGAAAAUAUUGGCUUGAUAAUGAGGUUGCCUUUUAAUUUGAUUCUUUUUCUUAAUAGAUCUUUUCAUUUCCUUGAAUGUUGCAAGAUUUGAUUGUUCAUG